AUGGCUAGUGAGGAUAGUUUUCUAGUGCUGGUACACCACAGAGGAUCGAUUAAGAGAAAAAUUUGGUCCGGCGUGAAGUUCACUGAUAAGGAUCCUCUAUGUAUUAUCGUGAGGCCAACCACCAGCUACGAUGCUCUCGUUAGCUCUGUGCUGGAGAAGCUUGGUCUGGAAGGAGUGAAAAGGGUUAAGAAGUUCUUCUUUCGCAUCCCAACCACGGUGCUCUAUGAUACCGUGAAGCAAUUUUCCAAGGUAAGGACACCAGAGCUGUUAGCAAAGUUGGUUGAUGUGGUAUCUAGCUCGGGUGGUUCGAACUGGAAUGCCAAUACUAUAGCCACGGUUGCCGGCUCGAGCUCAAGACCUGCGGUUGCUUCAUCCUCCGUUCCUGUGUAUGAGCCACCGAUACAGCCUGUUGCCUCCCCAUCGUUUGCUGUUGAUCUCAGCGGCAAUGUCGGAGACGUGGUUCGAUAUGGGGAACAUCUUCCGACCGAAGUGCAGUGUCCUACACCGGCUGGUGUUGGGGAGGGAUUGUUUGAUGAUCCAGAUGACGAUGAUGUCGAGCAUGAUAUGAUCGCUGAUGACAGCGGCGAUGAUCUUGGAGCGACUGAUCCGAGAAGGGCUACAGGUGGAUCUGGUUCUGGCACACAGCAGUACCCACCCCAUUUUUCAUCGUUGGACCUGGAUGCCAUGAGGCAUGACGAAAAUCCUGGGCAGACGACUGGAUUCACCUAA